AUGAGGAAGGCCUAUAGUUUGGUGAACCGCACAGACAUUAGGGAGUCAAAGGAGGCAGUGCAGUCACUGCAUAUAAAGCAAAUCAAAUUUCCAGAACAGACGGAAGAGUUCAAUAAACGUCCCACCAAAACAGCUCGACGCUCCCUAUCCCGCUCCAUUUCCCAGUCCUCUGCCGAGAGUCACAGCCCAGUGCCCUCUGACUCAGACAGUUCGUUGGAUGAGAUCUCUCCACAGGACAAACAACAGAAAAACUCAAAGGGACAGACAGACUUCUGUGUAAAAGACAUCAAACAAGCUCAUUUUGGCCGAAGAGAAAUCCAAAUUGUUGAGCAAGAAAUGGGUGCUCUGAUAGCUCUAAAAUUGAGAGGCCAGGGAGACAAGCCAUUAGCUGGAGCAAAAAUCGUGGGCUGUACCCACAUCACAGCACAGACAGCGGUGUUGAUAGAAACACUGUCAGCCCUGGGCGCUGAGUGCAGGUGGGCUGCCUGUAACAUCUUCUCCACCCACAAUGCUGUGGCUGCAGCCUUAGCAGAGGAAGGUUUCCCUCUGUUUGCAUGGAAAGGUGAAACGGAGGAAGAUUUCUGGUGGUGCAUAGAACGCUGUGUUAAUGUGGACCGCUGGCAGCCAAACAUGAUCCUGGAUGAUGGAGGAGACCUCACCCACUGGAUCUAUAAGAAACAUCCUGAGAUCCUCCAGAACAUUAAGGGUGUGGUGGAGGAGAGUGUCAAUGGGGUUCACAGGUUGUACCAGCUGUCUAAGGCUGGGAAGCUCUGUGUGCCAGCUAUAAAUGUGAAUGACUCGGUGACAAAGCAGAAGUUUGACAACAUGUACUGCUGCCGGGAGUCUAUACUGGAUGGACUGAGGAAGACGGCAGAUGUGAUGUUUGGGGGAAAACAGGUGGUUGUAUGUGGAUACGGAGAGGUGGGGAAGGGAUGCUGUGCCGCACUAAAGGCCAUGGGCUCUGUGGUGUAUGUGACGGAGGUCGACCCCAUCUGUGCCCUACAGGCCUGCAUGAAUGGCCUUCGACUGGUUAAGCUGAGUGAGGUCAUUAGAACAGUGGACAUCAUAAUCACCUGCACAGGCAAUAAGAAUGUGGUUGUGAGGGAGCAUAUGGACCGUAUGAAGAAUGGCUGUAUAGUGUGUAACAUGGGACAUUCCAACACAGAGAUUGAUGUGGCCAGUUUGCGAACCCCCGAGCUCCGUUGGCUGCGUGUAAGGCCAAACCUGGAUCACAUUAUUUGGCCUGAUGGGAAGAGAAUUCUGCUACUUGCCAAGGGUCGUCUCCUGAAUCUGAGCUGUUCAACAGUCCCAACAUAUGUGUUCUCCAUCACUGCCACAACUCAGGCUCUGGCAUUGAUUGAACUGUAUAAUGCUCCCGAAGGCCGCUACAAACAAGACGUCUACCUGCUGCCAAAGAAGAUGGAUGAGUAUGUAGCUAGUCUUCACCUUCAGACAUUUGAAGCACACCUAACUGAGCUAACGGAUGAACAAGCGAAGUACCUCGGCGUGAACAAAACUGGUCCCUUCAAACCCUAUUACUACAGGUGA